UGGUAUACAUAUUUGCGAUACUUAAGAAUUAGUUGAAGAAAUGAAUAGGAAAGGGAGUCCUUUUAGAUGGAGCAAGGGACUUUCUCAAAAGUCCUCAUGGAAGGAGAAUGGCAUUGAGGCUGGAUUACAAGAAGUGUGUCUUUUAUAAAGAUAACAAGGAGGGGCAGGGCUUCCAGGUGAAAGGCAUAGCACAAGCAAAGGCAAAAUAGAUGGGUAACUGCUAGUUGUUAAGGGCAGUGGUUGAAUCGCAAUACCCCUAGCAGUUCUACACCUAGGGGCCUGCGGGCCGCUGGGUCUGCGAAGCUUGCAAAGCAGCUGGCCCGCCCCGGCUCUGCGCCUGUUUCUCGGCCACGCCUACUGCCGCAGGAUGACGCGCACCUCUAGAACCCGCCCCCAAAGGGAGGGACGCAGGGAAGAGUCGCACAGACGCACUCGCACCGUGGCCAGCGCCCGGGCCUCCGGGCCCGGGCGGCGGCUGUGUUGCGCAGUCUUCAUGGGUUCCCGACGAGGAGGCCUCAGUGGCUGCGGCGGCUGCUGCUAACUGCGCCACCUGCUGCAGCCUGUCACCGCCGCUCCGGAGCGGCCGCGUCGAAGCCGAAAUGCCGACGCCCGGGUCCGGCCGAGGCUUUCUCUGGCUGGGUCUGGUCCUGAGCUCCGUCUGCGUCGCUCUCGGAUGCGAGACGCAGGCCAACUCGACCACAGAUGCUCUGAACAUUCUUCUCAUCAUCGUGGAUGACCUGCGCCCCUCCCUGGGCUGUUAUGGGGAUAAGCUGGUGAGGUCCCCAAAUAUUGACCAAUUGGCAUCCCACAGCCUCCUCUUCCAGAAUGCCUUUGCGCAGCAAGCAGUGUGCGCCCCGAGCCGCGUUUCUUUCCUCACUGGCAGGAGACCUGACACCACCCGCCUGUACGACUUCAACUCCUACUGGAGGGUGCACGCUGGAAACUUCUCCACCAUCCCCCAGUACUUCAAGGAGAAUGGCUAUGUGACCAUGUCGGUGGGAAAAGUCUUUCACCCUGGGAUAACUUCUAACCAUACCGAUGAUUCUCCAUAUAGCUGGUCUUUUCCACCUUAUCAUCCUUCCUCUGAGAAGUAUGAAAACACUAAGACAUGUCGAGGGCCAGACGGAGAACUCCAUGCCAACCUGCUUUGCCCUGUGGAUGUGGUGGAUGUGCCCGAGGGCACCUUGCCUGACAAACAGAGCACUGAGCAAGCCAUACAGUUGUUGGAAAAGAUGAAAACGUCAGCCAGUCCUUUCUUCCUGGCCGUUGGGUAUCAUAAGCCACACAUCCCCUUCAGAUACCCCAAGGAAUUUCAGAAGUUGUAUCCCUUGGAGAACAUCACCUUGGCCCCCGAUUCCGAGGUCCCUGAUGGCCUACCCCCUGUGGCGUACAACCCCUGGAUGGACAUCAGGCAACGGGAAGAUGUCCAAGCCUUAAACAUCAGUGUGCCAUAUGGCCCAAUUCCUGUGGAGUUUCAGCGGAAAAUCCGCCAGAGCUACUUCGCCUCUGUGUCAUAUUUGGAUACACAGGUUGGCCGCCUCUUGAGUGCUUUGGACGAUCUUCAGCUGGCCAACAGCACCAUUGUUGCAUUUACCUCGGAUCAUGGGUGGGCUCUAGGUGAACAUGGAGAAUGGGCCAAAUACAGCAAUUUUGAUGUUGCUACCCAUGUUCCCCUGAUGUUCUAUGUUCCUGGAAGGACGGCUUCACUUCCGGAGGCAGGCGAGAAGCUUUUCCCUUACCUUGACCCUUUUGAUUCCGCCUCAGAGUUGAUGGAACCAGGCAGGCAAUCCAUGGACCUUGUGGAACUUGUGUCUCUUUUUCCCACGCUGGCUGGACUUGCAGGACUGCAGGUUCCACCUCGCUGCCCCGUUCCUUCAUUUCACGUUGAGCUGUGCAGAGAAGGCAAGAACCUUCUGAAGCAUUUUCGAUUCCGUGACUUGGAAGAGGAUCCAUACCUCCCUGGUAAUCCCCGUGAACUGAUCGCCUAUAGCCAGUAUCCCCGGCCUGCAGAUUUCCCUCAGUGGAAUUCUGACAAGCCGAGUUUAAAAGAUAUAAAGAUCAUGGGCUAUUCCAUACGCACCAUAGACUAUAGGUAUACUGUGUGGGUUGGCUUCAAUCCUGAUGAAUUUCUGGCUAACUUUUCUGACAUCCAUGCAGGGGAACUGUACUUUGUGGAUUCUGACCCAUUGCAGGAUCAUAAUAUGUAUAAUGAUUCCCAAGGUGGAGAUCUUUUCCAGUUGUUGAUGCCUUGAGUUUUGCCAACCAUGGAUGGCAAAUGUAAUGUGCUCCCUUCCAGCUGGUGAGAGGAGGAGUUAGAGCUGGUUGUUUUGUGAUUACCCAUAAUAUUGGAAGCAGCCUGAGGGCUAGUUAAUCCAAACAUGCAUCAACAAUUUGGCCUGAGAAUAUGUAAGAGCCAACCCUUUUCGUUUAGUCUUUAUUAAUUUAUAAUUGGUAAUUGGACCAGUUUUAAAAAAAUUUCCCUCUUUUUAAAACAGUUACAGCUUAUUUACUGAAUAAAUACAAAGCAAACAAACACAAAUUAUGUCAUACCUUCGGAUACGAAGACCAUACAUAAUAACCAAACAUAACAUUAUACACAAAGAAUACUUUCAUUAUUUGUGGAAUUUAGUGCAUUUUAAAAAGUAACCAUAUAUCAAACUAGGCACCACACUAAAUUCCUGAUUAUUUUGUUUAUAAUUUAAUAAUGUAUCUUAUGUAGCCCUAUAUAUUCAAAAUAUUAUGUUAACAUGUAAUCCAUGUUUCUUUUUCAAAUCUAAAGUUAAAAAAAAUACCAGAAACCGGUGUCUUAAAAUCUAUCUUUUAUUUUUGUUUUUAAGACCAUGGGAUUUCAAAAUCUCACGAUAAAAUAUGUAUGAAGUAAUUAAUGUAGACUUUUUACAUCAAAUAAUAAAUAAUGCUCAACAAACUAGAGAUAUGAGGUGUGUAGGAAAUUUGGUUAAACUUUUUUCAGAUACUUUCUGGCCCAAAUAAUAAUUUGUUAACAAAUAAUAUGACCCUUGAACUCAAUGGCCAUCUAUUAGAAGACUGUUAUUCACACUGGAAAACAUUUAAAGAUGUAAUUAUAUCCAUGGAUGGAUUGAAUCACUCAAAAUAUAUUAGUAUCCUUCUUUAGGGACGGUUGGUUGCAGACGUGUUUAUUCAGGAGGCACAAAAUAUUCCAUUUUAAUUGCUUGUUGAAACAUUAAAUUCUAAAUUAUUUUGAGGACUGUGAAGACUUCAUUAGUGUAAUAUUAGGUCAUUGUCAAUCUCUCAGAAUGUGGUUCUGUAUUCUUUAAAUAUGAAAGUAUCCAGAAAGGCCAGUGGCAGUAAAAAGCUUAGUGUAUAUAAUCUCAAAAGGGAUGGAAUAUUUACAACUCAUAUUCAUAACAUGUUGAAUCUUAUCAGUUAUCAGUAGUCAUCAGAAGUGUCAGCAGCUUUCUAAAUAAAUAUUAAAUAUCUAAUGUCCUGUAGUGAAGGAGUAAUUUUUAGUAAUUGUCUCUUUACAAAGUCUCCAGUGUUUCAAGGUAAAUGUUUGUGAAACAAAAUACAGCAAAGUACAUUAAGUUACUGCAGUGUAUUGUUACCAAAAAUGACAAGAUAUUAUAUUAAAAUCAGUAAAUUUUAGACAGAUUUUUAAAAUUAAUUAGCCUACAAUAGAGGUAUAUAUGGUAGCAUGAUGAUCUUUUAAGCAGUUAAGUUACUGACUGUUCUGGCAACAACGAUUUCUCUGUGACUGAAGGGCCCUGUUCAUCUCCUGAUCCUGAAGCUCGUCUCUCUCUUGAGCCUCGGCUUUCUUUGGUCAGUGGUUUCCCUCAGCUUUUUCUUCACUGUUCUUCAUCCUCAUUGUUGCUGUCAUCACGUUCACUGUGACUUUUACAAUACAGCCUGUAAAUAAAUUCCUUAUGACAUAGUUCAGUGCAUUUGGCUUUAUCGCCUACUCCACAGUUCUUUACCUUGACUUGGCUUAGAGAAACCAUAUCUUUGUUGCUUCAUAUAACCUUUCCCCAACCCCACUAAGCUGGACAUGACUUAUUAGUGGUCCUCCAGUCACUUUAUUUGUAGAAAUCUCUUAUUUCACUUGAGCAGGGGUUCUUUCAUAUGGUUUAGCUGACAGCAGAACUAGUGAUUCUAGACAUUUUGAAUGACUCUCAUUCAGUGGCUCACAAACACGAGGGAACAUCACAACUACCUGAGGGGCUUGUUAAAACCCAGUGCGUUAGAGGCCGGGCAUGGUGGCUCACGCCUGUAAUCCCAGCACUUUGGGAGGCCGAGACAGGUGGAUCACUUGAGGCCAGGAGUUCAAGACCAGCCUGGCCAACAUGGUGAAACCCUGUCUCUACUAAAAAUAACAAAAGUUAGCCAGGUGUGGUGGCACAUGCCUGUAAUCCCAGCUUCUCAGGAAGCCAAGGCACGAGAAUCGCUUGAACUGGGAGACGGAGGUUGCAGUGAACGAAGAUCGUGCCACUGUACUCCAGCCUCGGCGACACAGCGAGACUGUGAUUUUCUUUGGAGACUCCUAGAUUUUCUGUGGAUUUGAACUGAAUUUGUUGGAUGUUGGCAGGUUCCUCUUAUGAGCUGUUUCUUUGCCCUGCAUUACCCCACAAAGACUUAUCUGGAGAUGAGCAAAGUAUGUUUGGUAGUGAGGUCACGAAUGCAAUCAGCCCCUUCUUCCCCACUCCCAUUGCCAUCUUCUCAGUCCUUCUCCCUUUCUUUCCAAGUAGUUUACCCACCCCUCCUCCUUCCUCCCCUGUCCCUAAAAUAAUCCAUGUGUCUUCCUAAAAUCUCUCUUUGAUCCUGUCCUUUGAUAACACCGUCAGUGCCUACUACUGGGUCUAGACAGACCUCUGUUGAGCAGUCAGAGUCUUCCCUGACUCCACAAUGCCCCUUUCCUUGGCUGACCAGUAUGACUACUGGUCCCCACCUUUCCCUUGCCUAUCCCUACCUCCCUCCUACUAGGUUGUCCCUCCCUCUCUUCACCCAUUCAUUCAUGACCAUUUUUCACUGCCAAGCUCCCCCCCUCUCCUGAAGGAGGCUGAGGUUUCUGUGACUUUCUAGACUCUAUUGUGGGAUGGAAUGAACAUUGCUAAAGAAUCUGGUGUUUGCUUUACUUUAAAAAGGUAUUUUUUUCCUAAUUAUAAAAUUGUUGUGUCAGUUAUGGAAAAAUUAGAAAUGCAGCACAAAUACAUGAGUAUUUUACUGCAAAAUUGCCAGAUAAUAUCUUGUCUUUUUUGGGGGUGUGAAUUUUUUGCAUUGUUGUGGUCAUAUUGUGUUCUUUAUCAUGCAAUUUAUGUUCUUUUUUUUACUAAGUAUUAUGUGUGGUUAUUACAGAUUUUCACAAAGAUACUUUGUAUUGCUGGUAAUAUAUUUUAUUGCAUAGUCUUAUAAUUUACUUAACCUUCUUUCAGUUGUUAGAAAUUUAGGUUAUUUCCAGAUUUUCAGUAUUGUAAAUAAUGCUGUGAUGACCAAUUUUGUGAAUAAAAUGUUUUUAUGUAUUUCAGAUUAUUCCCUUAGGAUAGUCUGUCAGUGCCAAGUUGUCAAAAACAUCUCUCUUUUGCUUCUCUUCCUGCUCUCCUGCUGCCUUAGGGGGUAGUAAACUGAAACAUAAAGUAAACAUGCAUACAAAUAAAAAACAUAAAAAUAAGCAGCCUGAUGGUAACAGGUGAAAGUGGUAACCUGUUUUAACUUUGAAUUCUGGCCGGGCGCGGUGGCUCACGCCUGUAAUCCCAGCACUUUGGGAGGCCGAGGCGGGUGGAUCACAAGGUCAGGAGUUCAAGACCAGCCUGGCCAAGAUGGUGACAUCCCGUCUCUACUAAAAAUACAAAAAUUAGCCGGGUGCGGUAGCGGGCACCUGUAGUCCCAGCUACUCGGGAGGCUGAGGCAGGAGAAUGAAAUGAACCCGGGAGGCAGAGCUUGUAGUGAGCCAAGAUCGCGCCACGACACUCCAGCCUGGGUGACAGAGCGAGACUCCGUCUCAAAACAAACAAACAAACAAAAAGCUUAAAAUUCUUUGCUUGUUAGUGACCUUGAUUGUGGUUCUCUUUGUGCGAUAGUUGGGCAUUUGUAUUUCCACUUGUGUUAAUUUGCCUUUAAAUUUUGGUUAUGGGUUUCACCUUUUAAAGUAAUCAAACAUAUUUAUCUUUUCCUGUGUGAUAGUUUUUUUCUGUGUCUUUUCCUGUUAAACACAUAGACCCCUCCCCAAUCUGGAGAUUGAAUAAAUACUCAUUUUCCUUUGCA